UCCAUAAUCUCAUACCCACUCAAAAAAGAAAAAGGAAAAAGAGAAAUCAGAUCGAUCUUCAGCAAUGGCGGCCUUGAAGAAAAUUGUGGUCUUGCAGGCAGCACUGCUAGUUCUUACAGUACUAGCUGUGUCUGCAAAAGCUGAUAGGUUGGAUUUCUUCAAGCUUCUCAAUUCCAACAGUAAAAAAUCUGUGGAUGGUUACAAAAGAUCAGAUAUUCCAGCGUGCUGUGAUAAGUGCAUCUGCACGAAGAGCAUACCACCGCAGUGCAGAUGCACUGACAUCUUUAUCGGCGACGAGCGGUGCGAGAACUGUGAAACUUGUAUAUGCACUCGCAGCUUUCCACCGCAGUGUCAGUGCCUCGAUAUUAAGGACUACUGCGAUCCACCAUGCUCAUCCUCCUCCUCCACCGUUCAGAUCAUCAAACAAGUGGCUGCCUGAUCCACAUGAUCAGAGACUAAUAAACCCAACGUUAUUUUAUAUAUAAUAUAUAUAUAUAUAUAUGUAUGUUAUGUAUCAUGCUACAUGAUCAUGUGCUCCGUGAUCUACUAGCUAGUGUUUACUGUCUUCAAUUUGCCUCAGUGGCUGACUGGUGUUGAGGCUUUAAUUUUCUAUAUUAAAAAAAAUAAAAAUAAAUGUACUUGUGAAGAUUAAUAAAAAAUAAUUAAUGUUGGGUUCUAAAA